AUGGCAUACGCCGCACCUCCGCUGGACCCUCCAGGAAUAGGCACGAACUCGCCUUCGACUCAGAAGAAGAGGGUGGCCUAUUUCUAUGACAGCGAUGUCGGGAACUACGCCUACCAGUCGGGACACCUAAUGAAGCCCCAUCGAAUUCGAAUGGUGCAUUCACUUGUUAUGAACUAUGGACUAUACAAUAAAAUGGAGAUCUACCGGGCCAAACCAGCGUCAAGAUACGAGAUGACACAGUUUCAUACGGACGAGUACGUGGACUUUUUGCAGCGUGUUACGCCCGACAAUGAACAUCUUCUGGCUAAGGAGUGCGCCAAGCACAAUGUUGGGGAAGAUUGUCCUCCGUUCGACGGCGUCUUUGAGUUCUGCGCGAUUAGCGCCGGUGGCAAUAUCGUCCUUGCAAUCCUUGAAUUGCUCAGGUUCCAUGCACGAGUGUUGUACAUCGACAUCGAUGUGCAUCACGGCGACGGUGUCGAAGAAGCCUUCUACACCACUGACAGGGUAAUGUGUGUCUCCUUGCAUAAAUACGGCGAAUUCUUUCCAGGAACCGGCGACCUUCGCGAUAUUGGAAUCGGACAAGGGAAACACUACUCAGUCAACGUACCGCUGCGAGAUGGUAUCGACGACGCCAGCUAUAAGGAUGUUUUCGAAUCAGUGACCGCAUGGGCCGUGGAAUUUUUUCAACCGGGCGCGAUCGUCCUGCAGUGUGGAGCUGAUUCUUUGUCUGGCGAUCGCCUCGGUGCGUUCAACUUGAGCCUGGCCGGGCAUGCGAACUGCGUCAACUUCGUGAAGAAAUUCAACCUGCCGACGCUUUUCCUGGGAGGUGGUGGCUAUACAAUACGAAACGUCGCUCGAGCAUGGGCAUAUGAGACUGGACAGAUAGUUGGUGUUGAUCUGUCUCGCUCGAUGCCAUUUACAGACUAUUACGAGUACUACUCGCCAGACUUCGAACUAGACGUCAAGCCGAGCAAUAUGGACAACCGGAACAGUGCUGAAUACCUGGCGAAGAUCAAGUCAUUUGUUUAUACCAAUCUUCGUCAAGCACAACCGGUCCCCUCUGUGCAGCUUCAAGACGUGCCGCGGUAUCCAGUCGGCAUGAACGAACAUAUUGACGAGAUGGACGACAGACUGGAUGAUGAAGAUGCUGACGAGGAGACCUCCAAAGAUCAACGGCUCACGGAACGGGUGGAAGAUCGGAUGAUUGAGGAUGAUAUGGAUAUGUCUGGCUUGGAAGACGCGAGAGGAGUGGACUCGGGAGCAAAUGCUGAUCACGGAAGCCCGUCCACAGUGGGUGAGGGUGGCAGCGGGUGUAAGGUUUUGUCAAGCGAUCAUGAUACAGACCAGAUAACUGAGCCGGUCCCAUCGAUUGACCCAGGCAACGAUCCUGAACCUGACAGAACGACGACAACGAUGCUGCAGGAAGCGAUUCGUGACGAGAGCAACGAAGUUUCCCAGCCCACGAACGUUGAACAAACAGUAGUCCAGAGGGACGCCCCUGCGGAACAUGUCGAGAUCAUCGCACAGCCGUCAAUCGUUCUGGAACCAGCGCCAAUACAGCCCGAGCCGUCUAUCGUCCAAUGUAUGAACAGAGUAGACAGUCACACGCUUGGGCUUAGUGACGCUGCAGAAGCUGUGGAAGCUAUGGAGGACAAUCACAAAGGCGGAAACGAGGAUAUCGGUCUUUCAUAG